AUGGCGACCUUGUAUCCUCCCCCUAGCAAGCGCCAAAAGCUCGCCCAGGCCGACAGGGCCCGCGAGCAGCAAGAACUUGACACCAUCCCCUCCGAUCUGGGCAGUGUCCGAGUUCAAUUCUAUGAUCAAGCAACCGGACAGCCCACCGGGCCUGCAGUCUCCGUCCCAGUCGCCGAUGCCAAUGUCAAGAACCUCGAAACUUUGUUGAACACAUUACAGGGAAAUGAAGAUGAUGAGCGGGUACCGUACCGCUUCGCCUACCACUCUGAAAAAGAAGGGCAAACAAUCGAUAUCCUUCGUGAUGUAUACCACUCUCUCCUUGAGCCUGGAGUCAAGACCACCGAAGACACAGUCUCUCUGUUCUACACACCGCAGGCGGUCUUCCGCGUGAAAGCCGUUUCACGAUGCGCCGCCUCCAUCGCGGGACACGGCGAAGCAAUUCUGGCAACCUCAUUCUCCCCCGUCAACUCCUCCACCAUGGUCUCUGGAAGUGGAGACAACACCGCCCGUAUAUGGGACUGCGACACCGGAACCCCGCAACACACGCUCAAGGGCCACACCAGCUGGGUGCUGGCCGUGGCAUACUCGCCCAAUGGUGCGAUGAUCGCAACGGGCAGUAUGGAUAACACCGUGCGAUUCUGGGAUGCGAAGAAAGGCACUGCCCUGGGUGGUCCGCUCAAGGGCCACUCGAAGUGGAUCACGAACUUGGCUUGGGAGCCAUACCAUGUGCAGGAAUCUGGACGCCCGCGUGUGGCGUCUGCGUCCAAGGACUCCACUGUGCGAGUUUGGGAUGUCGUCUCUCGAGUAAUUGACCAUGUGCUCACGGGUCACAAGUCCUCUGUGACCUGCGUGCGUUGGGGUGGUACUGGCAAGGUCUACACUGCUUCCCACGAUAAGACUAUUAAGAUCUGGAACCCCAAGGACGGUACCUUGCUACAGACCCUCUCGGCUCAUGCCCAUCGCGUUAAUCACCUUGCUCUUUCGACUGACUUCGCUCUGCGCACUUCCUACCACGACCACACCGGCAAGGUCCCUGAGACCGAGGCCGAGAAGAGAACUGCGGCAAAGAAGAAGUUCGAGGAGGCAGCUACAGUGAACAACACCAUCGUCGAGCGAUUGGUGUCCGCCAGUGAUGAUUUCACAAUGUAUCUGUGGGAGCCGUCUACUUCAAACAAGCCCGUUGCACGCAUGCUGGGUCAUCAGAAGGAAGUGAACCACGUUACUUUCUCGCCUGACAUGGCCUACAUCGCCUCGGCUGGUUUCGACAACCACGUCAAGCUUUGGAACGGCCGUGACGGAAAAUUCAUCACGACUUUCCGUGGCCACGUGGGCGCCGUCUACCAGUGCUGUUUCUCCGCCGACUCUCGCAUGCUGGUGUCCUCGUCCAAAGACACCACUCUUAAGAUCUGGGACGUACGCACCGGCAAAUUGCGCAUGGAUCUUCCCGGGCACCGGGAUGAGGUCUUCGCUGUUGACUGGAGUCCCGACGGACAAAAGGUCGGCAGUGGAGGUAAAGACAAGCAGAUUAAGAUUUGGCGAAACUAG